GCUGAUCAGUUCACACAAUUCCAUGGUCGGUUUUUAAAAUUGUUGUGGUAUUGACAGGUUAUUUUGAUAUUUGUCGCGCACUUUUCUAAUAAUGCUAUAUAUACACAGUGUAGUAAUAAUCGGGAAAUACGAUAUCGUGUGUUUUUGAAGACCAUUCCAGAUAUUACGAUUUUAUAUGUUGUUUUUCUUUCUAGAGUUAUGCCCCUUGCAACACAUUGCGCUAAUAAUCACACACCCCCUCACCCAUAAUUAUGUAUUGUGUACCGUGUAUGCAGCAACCACACUAGUUUACCCGAGAUUAUAAACAUACCAACUGGUCUAUCAGUUCGUCAAUAUUAAAAUUUUAAUAUUACUCUGUUUUUCUGUACUACUUUAUUAUGGCAUUACUUGGGAAAUCCCGUGAGGGGAAUCACCAUCUCAGUGGCGGGAAAUAUCAUUGUUUUCCGCCAUCAACGGAGAUGGUCUCUCAUGGUAGACAAGAUAAAUCGGUUUGGUACGGAAUAUAGAAACACAAAUAGCACAGCUAACAAUGCUGUCCAUUCUACAAGAUGAUGCGACGUCCACGUUUGUUGGUCUGGUCGGUGCCUCUGUGCUGAAGUAUGGCUUUACGACAUGGCUGGCCUCAGGCCGUCCAAAAGUCUAUGAGAAGGUCGGUAAAGUUUCCAGUCUAAAACUUUACCCAGUCAAAUCGUGUCGGGGCCUAGACGUCAAAACGGCCGAAUGUACACCUCUAGGAUUGCGCCAGUUUGGAGUCACCGACAGACAUUGGGUUGUAACCUCACAAAACAAAUGGAUAACCGGUAACAAGGAACCGAAACUUACCCUAGUGACUGUUACCUUACACGAAGAUACAGUGGAGAUGACGGCCCCGGGUAUGGAACCUCUCUUGGUCCCACUCAAUCCCAAACUCGACACGGCAUUGAUCCGCCAUAUUGGCACCGGCGCAAACGCUAUAGAUACGCUGGAUUGUGGUGACGAAGCUGCGGCUUGGUUUGCUAAGCACACGGGAAGGGAAGGAGUCAGACUGAACUACUCUCAUCCUGAGCUGAAAAAACGGGAGUCAAUCAAUUUUAAAUAUCCAUGGGACCACUAUGCUAAACUCGGAGACCGGAUGGCCUUUUCAAACUACUGUGCCUAUAUGAUGAUGACCAAGGAAAGCCUUACUGCACUGAACGCUGAGCUAGACUCACCAGUAAACAUUAGCAACUUCCGCCCAAGCAUAAUGAUGGAGGGAUCGCCAGCUUUCCAGGAGGACCAGUGGGAAGCAGUAAAGAUCGGCACAGUUUCCUUCAGAAUGAUUGACCUGUGCUCAAGAUGUAAUCUGAUCAACGUUAUACAAGAUGAAGGCAAACAUUCAGAGGCUAAGGAACCUUAUACUACGUUGAGACGGAUCCGGUGUUUUCCGAAGUAUGGCGUCAAACCCUGUUUAGGUAUCUACUUGGCGUUGGACGUGGAAGGAACGAUUAAUGUGGGCGAUGACGUUUACGCCAUCCGGAUGUAGGAAUGUGUUCAUCAGGAGAAUUGGCAAAUGUGCUUACUACAAUAACUGUUUAUCGCAUUAAAAGAUAUUAAGAUAUAUUGGCUCGAUGACACGAUUUUGUUCAAAGUAAAUUACCAAUUAUCAGUAUAUAUGUAUCUUGGGGCUGCUAAAUCACAUUUAUCAUAUUUAGAAAAAAAUCACAUGCCUAGACAUACUAUAUAUAUGUGUAAUUUAAAAAGUAUUGUAUUUUGUUCAAAGUAAUACAUUUGUAGCCAUUAAUAUUUAUAUUUAUUUGGAUGCUGGUAAACCACAGUUGUCAUAUUCAGAAAAAAAUGACAUGCAUAGACAUAAGAUAUAUGUGUAAUUUAAACUCUAUUGUAUUUUUUUCUUCUAAUUUUAAAUUACAAUAUUAGAUAUGUUUUAACUUAUAUUCUAACCAAUUUCUUUAAAGAUAAUAAAUCGCCGAAAUAGGAGUAAUUAUGGUCGAUUCAUACAAUACAAAAAGUACAACCUACACUUUUACCACCCUCCAAAUUUUUAUCUUCUAAUUUCAUCUUUUAAAUAAAGAGAUAUAGAUAAUUAAUUGCAUCCACACGAAAUUCAAUUGUUCUCCGCAACUAUAGUGCAUGUGUAUCUUUCAUUCUUAUCAACGAUGCUUAUUAGAAUUCUGUUAUUACAUGUAUUUAUUUUGCUGGUCUUAAUUAUAUAUGUAUAUCUACACGAUGGGUGCUAUUUUAAGCAUUUUUUUGGCAAGCAGUGUAUAUUCUAUCGGCACUGUAUGCCAUCUGUAUACAAUAGAAUGAUGACGUACAUUAGGUUCUCGAAAGUGAAAACCAAUGAAACGACAUGAGGAAGCAUUGUGAUUCCUUACCCUUUAAAAUGUCCUCUUUUUAUCACGUGUUUUAUCGUUGCUUAUAUGACUUAUUUUAGCGUUCACAUCAUUAUGUAAACAACCGUGUCGCAUCAAUUAGCGCAUAGUAAGAUACAUUAGUGACACCAAAAAUGGUAGACAUCACCGGUGUGAAAACAAAUUCGUAAACGUAUUCCUCGAUAUCGAUAAUACGAACACAAAAUGUGAAAAUAAGUAAGGCGAGGAGAAUCGGGAGGUGUUCCGAGAGGGUAAGUGAUUUAGGUCAAAUAUAAAAUGUGAUCAUUAGUAAGGAAAGGGAAAUCGGAGGAGGUGUUCCGAGAGGGGAAGUGAUUUAGGUCAAAUAUAAAAUGUGAUCAUUAGUAAGGAAAGGGAAAUCGGAGGUGUUCCGAGAGGGGAAGUGAUUUAGGUCAAAUAUAAAAUGUGAUCAUUAGUAAAGCUAGGAGAAUCGGAGGUGUUCCGAGAGGUUAAGUCAUUUAGGUCAAAUAUAAAACGAGAACCAACCUGACAAUGACAGGUAUCACAUGUAGCUAAAAAGUAGAAUAUUUCUCAAAGAGACCACGAUGUCCCGUAGUCUUCAUCGGCCUACUUUGACAUUACAAUUCAGUAAUGUUGCUGACACAUUCAUCAUUUGUAGAUGCGAGUCCCCUAUUGAUGUUUAUUGGGUGAUGGCCUUUGUCCAUUUUGAAUUUUACGAAUUUCUAAACCAUUGAAUUUUGGCACGGUUCCAACCUUUAGAAUUCCGAUAUUGAAACUUAUGCAAUUUAUUGACUAUGGCCUCUGCUCGUCCAGAUUAUGACAUUUCUUUCGACCUAUUUAAAGUUUCCACAGUUUCAACACUACAGGCCAUUAUGACAUCACUGACGAGUUCUAGAAUGACGAAACAGCUGUAUGAUGCAAUUUAAGUCAUUUUUUCUCUCUGAUGUAUCAAAAGCUUAGUUUGUAUAGAAAAUGCUAAUAUCCUUUGUAGUCAUUUAAAAUUGAAAUUCGUUAGCGAUGUUGCCCAAGAAUCAUUAAAGAUAUCUUUCUAAACCUUUGGGAUAUGUCCAAUGUGGACCUAAAUUAUGUAUUUCGCAUCUUCAGCUUGAUGAGUUAUUCAAGUUAUAGAAAUUUCCCAUGGCCAAAUGUCAGCCAAAAUUGUGAAUUAUAUAGUCUCUGGUCCUAGGGGAUUGAGGGGCGGGGCCAAAAGGGGUAAAAUGACUGAAAUUUCAAAGCAUCUGACUUCUUUUCAAGACCCACAUAAGGUAGAGUCAAAUACUCUUCAUAGUUGAAGGGUCUCGAGGUGCUUUACCAAAAUUGUGAAUUUCAUAACCCUGGAGUCUCACGUUUCCACCCGAGGAGGUGUAAACUUUACAAUAGUUUAUACAGGGAAAUCAUUUUUUUUUUUACUGUCAUUUGUUGAAUAUCUAUUGGAAUUAAUUCUAACAUUUUUGUUAUGCGUAUUUUUUUUAUAUAUAUAUAUUGAUUCACACAUAUUCAUAUAUCUUUAAUUUACUAUAAAACUUGUUUUACAUAAACGUAUUAUUUUAAUCAUUGCUAAACGUAUUAAUAUUUAUAUUUAUAAUUAUUUAAAAGAUGCAUCUUGUUGUUGAUAUACGUUCAACUAAAUAAAAUUUCAAUUGGUUGCCA